UCUUCAAUAUCCUUCUUGUUCGAGCUUCCUUUCACAAUUAACAAUGGCGCCUAAACUCCUUGCUCUAUCCUCCUUAUCUUCCAUUUGCCCAUUCCCUAUACCCAAUUCCUCCCCUUCUAGCCUCAACAUUUACAAAUUUCACACUCCUAAAUCCACCCUUAUCUUCUGCAAAUCCACUGAACCCCAAACUAUCUCAGAAUCCGAACCCGAGGGUUAUGGAGCUGCCGCCCCGACCCGUGGUGACAUAUAUCUUCAACGCCAACAUGUCGUCGCUGCAUCUUCAUCGGUGCUAGCCACAACUAAGAAGAAAAAGAAGAAGAGGGAUAAUAUCUUCAAAAUUUCCAACUUGGCUCCUUGCUGUUACGGCUGUGGAGCUCCGUUACACACUUCGGAAGAGGAUGCUCCGGGUUAUGUUGACCAGGAGACAUACGAUUUGAAAAAGAAACAUCAUCAACUACGUAAAAUUCUUUGUGGACGGUGUCGUCUAUUGUCUCAUGGGCACAUGAUAACUGCAGUAGGUGGAAAUGGAGGUUAUUCUGGAGGAAAGCAAUUUGUUACAGCAGAAGAGCUUCGAGAAAAGUUGUCUCAUGUGCGCCAUGAGAAAGCUUUGAUUGUUAAAUUGGUUGAUAUUGUAGACUUCAAUGGCAGUUUUUUGGCUCGUGUCCGAGAUCUUGCUGGUGCAAAUCCCAUAAUUUUGGUUAUAACUAAGGUGGAUCUUCUUCCAAAAGAUACUGAUCUUAAUUGUGUUGGUGACUGGGUUGUGGAGGCCACAAUGAAGAAGAAGCUUAAUGUUCUUAGCGUUCAUUUAACAAGUUCAAAGUCAUUGGUUGGAAUCUCCGGGGUGGUGUCAGAAAUCCAAAAGGAGAAAAAGGGAAGGGAUGUAUACAUUCUGGGCUCAGCGAAUGUGGGAAAAUCUGCAUUCAUCAAUGCACUGUUAAAUACGAUGUCAUAUAAGGACCCAGUGGCAGCCUCUGCACGGAAAUACAAACCAAUACAAUCAGCUGUUCCCGGAACGACACUGGGUCCAAUCCCAAUUGAUGCUUUCCUUGGUGGUGAAAAAUUGUAUGAUACCCCUGGGGUCCAUCUUCAUCAUAGGCAAGCUGCAGUUAUUCACGCGGAAGAUCUCCCUACUCUUGCUCCUCAAAGUCGUCUUCGGGGUCAAGUUUUUCCAAGUUCUGGGCAAAACUUGGACUCGCAGAUAGCUAACCGAAUGAGAUCAAGUGGCUUGAGUGGAUUAUCAAUAUUCUGGGGAGGCCUUGUUCGAAUUGACGUUUUGAAGGUUCUCCCAGAGACUUGUUUGACAUUCUAUGGACCCAAGGCGUUGCAAAUUCACGUAGUGCCUACUGAAGAAGCAGAUGAAUUCUACCAGAAAGAACUCGGAGUUCUAUUGACACCUCCGACAGGAAAAGAAAAGGCAGAUGACUGGAUGGGACUUGAAACAAAGCGGCAUUUACAAAUUAAGUAUGAAGAUAUUGAGAGACCUACCUGCGAUGUGGCUAUAUCUGGUCUUGGAUGGUUUUCCGUUGUACCAGUUAACAAAUCAGCCGGAAUAUCUAAUCCAGUUUCAGAAGUUACAGCUGGAGAGCUAACUUUUAUUGUCCAUGUUCCGAAGCCAGUAGAGAUUUUUGUUCGAUCUCCUAUGCCUGUGGGCAAAGCAGGAGGACAGUGGUACGACUACAGGGAGUUGACAGAGGAGGAAUUAGAAGUGAGACCCAAAUGGUUUUUCUGAUUGUUACUAGUCUCAGUUGAACUUUUAUAUGAUUGACAGUGUUACUUAUUUUUUACAUUAUUAGAUCACCUAAGUAUUCGUCAUAAAAAAAUUAGAUGCCUAACCUGGGAAAUAACGCAGGUUACCUGCUACA